AUGGUUCCACCAGCGGUCAGGCCCAACUACCAAGUUGUCGACCUGACAAUAGACGAUGAAUACGAGGCGUUCUCAGAAGAUGUCGCGUCUCAAGACGAGCAGUAUCGAGAGCCAACCAAUGAGGAGGAAGACUAUAAUCUCGAUGAUCUUCCUGCAUACGAUUACACCAACAUCGACAAUCAGGGAGUAAUCGAUCUGACCGCGAUUCCAGACAUCGAUGUACCCCCGUCUGAGCAUUAUUCACUCGGCGAGGAUGCCGACUCACCUGGUGAGAUGGUCGACGCGGAGCUCAUCACCGAAGCGGUAUGCCUGCAGCUGGUACUGGAUGUGCUUCCGGACGUCUCUGUCGAUCAUGUUCUUACAAUAAUCCAAGAGAAGACCACGGACCUGACGAGGACAAAGGAACAUAGUGAGUGGGUCGUCAACGAGCUCCUAGAGAGCACCUACCCUAAAGAAGCGGACGUGGCAAGCAAGAAAAGGAAAAGGGAAGAUAGUGAGGGGCCCAGCGAUUACAAAGGAGAAGAGUUUGAAGCUGGGGCGCCCAGUUACAAAAAAGAUGCCUUAAAUUUACUCAAGGACGAAUUCUUGAACGUUCCGGCCCGGCAUAUCGAAAACACGUUCAAACAAAAGAAGACACUCUUCAAGAGCUAUAUUGUUCUUGAGGACCAGGUUCGCAAAUACCAGCAGACGACGCGUACUUUCAUCAAGUCUCCGAGGCCUCGCAACAAGCGCGGCAUUGAGCUCCUACUCAUUGAAAGUGGGAGUCGGCUUCCAAAAGAGCUUCGUGCAGCGAAAGAGAAAACCGAACACGAGGCUGUGAAAAGACGCAAGUUAGAAGACGCAAAGCAAGUUGAGGAGGAUAACCUCCAGCAAGCAAUGACUGAAAAAUUGAUGAGAGAAUGCCAAUGUUGCUUCACUGAAUAUCCGCUCAACCGGAUGGUCAGCUGCAGCGGCAGAAAAACCCAUUUAUUCUGCAUGGACUGUCCCAGACAGUAUAUCGAGACGGAGAUGGGCCAGUCAAAAUGCCGACCCGUGUGCUUCGCAAGCACAGAGUGUAACGGUACCUUCUCGCGCGCUCAGCUGCAGCAGAUCCUUGACAGAAAGUCGUUUGAGAGACUGGAGCACAUGCAGCAGCAACAAGACAUCGCGGCCGCUGGUCUUGACUUUCUAUCCGAAUGUCCAUUCUGCGACUAUAAGGCAGAGUGUCUCCCAGUAGAGCAGGAUAAAGAGUUCCGUUGCCAGAACACCAAGUGUGGUAAGAUAAGUUGUCGGCUUUGUGAUAAGGAAACACAUGUCCCUCUCAGCUGCGAAGAAGUGAAGAAGGAUGAGAAGCUGACACUACGGCACGUGGUCGAGGAGGCAAUGUCUGCUGCUCUCAUCCGAAAGUGCAACAAAUGUCAGCAUCCUUUCAUCAAGGAGUAUGGCUGCAACAAGAUGAGCUGCACACACUGCGGCAACAAGCAAUGUUACAUAUGCUCGAAAACGGUGUCCGGUUACGAACACUUUGGUGACACUGCCAAAGGCCGAUGCGCUCUUCAUGACAAUGUCGAGGAUGUCCAUGAGCAAGCGGUGAAGAAAGCUGCUAAAGACGCUAUGGCUCAGAUCCGAGCCGAGGAUCCCACAUUGUCUGAUGCAGAUCUUAUGAUUCAAGUCUCAGAUCGUGUCAAGCAAGGGGAGGCUGUGCGUAGAGAGAGGGCUAACGAGCGACUGAACGAGUUUCCUUAUGCGAUGGUGGGAGAUCGGCUUGCCUACCGAAACGCUGAUCGAGCAGGAGGCGGAUUGGUGCCUAGGCCCGAACGACAUCAGUACGUACCUCUUCCCUUUCCUGACGUCGAACAGUAUCGCUAUCCGUUUCCACCCCCCCUGUACGAUGAAAUCGAUGCAGAAUGGGGAUUUGGUGACGACCCUGGCUAUUUCGAGCCUGGUAUUGACCAUCUCGAUCCAUAUCAUGCACCAGCCCUUCAUCGCCCCUUUCAUCGCCCGUGGCUCAUUCCUCCACCUCGAGAUUAUGUAUUCGAUCGUCACUUGAAUUUGUUUCGCCAUCCCUUCCGUGAGAGAUAUUACGAUCCUCACAAUUCUCACUUCUACUUCCUCGACUUAGGCAUCGUGUACGAUGCUGAAGCAGAGCAGUGGUUUAGAAUUGAACCGCACAUGCUCGACCGUUUCCACCGUUUAGAUCCUAAUUUGUUUUGA